CAGACCUUCCAGCAGGAGCAUCUCUAACGCAGCAGAGCGCAAGGAGGCGACGGCCAGAGCCUCUGCUACUACAGGUGUGGUGACAGUAACACACAUCAGACCAAACAGGCUUCCAGUGUUCAUGCAUCUCCCAGUGCGUCUGCAAAACAUGGGACUGCCGUCUCUGCUGCUUCUCCUCUGCUCCCUCCUUCACACAAAUGCAUUUACCACAUGCGGAACAAAGCAGUUCGAGUGCGGGAACGGGAGAUGCAUCACGGUCAGAUGGGUGUGCGAUGGCUCCGAUGACUGUGGAGACGGCACUGAUGAACUUCCUGGUACCUGUUCGGCUAAAACGUGUCGGCCGACAGAGUUCAGCUGCAUGGACCGUCUGAACCAGUGUAUCCCCAGCACCUGGCGCUGUGAUGGAGUAGCUGACUGCGAGAAUGGGACUGAUGAAGACACCUGUGCGCCAAAGCAGUGCACAGACAACGAGUUCCGCUGCAGGAGCGGCCAGUGCGUGUCGGCCUCCUUUGUGUGCGACGACGAGGCAGACUGCGACGACGGCAGCGACGAGGCCACCUGCCCGCCCGUCACCUGCAGCGCCACGGCCUUCCAGUGCAACAACACCGUUUGUGUGCCGCGCCUGUGGGCCUGCGACGGUGACACCGACUGCACCGACGGCUCGGACGAGUGGCCCCAGAACUGUGGUACAAAGACACCGGCCUCUGCUCCCACUCAUCAGUGCUCCUCCCUGGAGUUCAGCUGUGGAAGUGGAGAGUGCAUCCACGGCAGCUGGAAGUGUGACGGAGGAGCCGACUGCCUCGAUCGAUCGGAUGAAGCCGACUGUGCUCGUCCCACCUGUCGUCCUGAUGAGUUUAGAUGCGGCGAUGGCACUUGCAUCCAUGGGAGCCGUCAGUGCAACCACCAAUAUGACUGCGGGGACAUGAGUGAUGAAACGGGCUGUGUCAACGCGACCCACUGUGAUGGCCCGACCAGGUUUAAGUGCCGCAGCGGCGAGUGUAUUAGCAUGGAGAAGGUGUGUGACAAGCACCGUGAUUGCAGGGAUUGGUCAGAUGAGCCUCUGAGGGAAUGUGGCUCCAAUGAGUGCCUGUACAACAACGGCGGCUGCUCUCAUAUCUGCAAAGACCUGAAAAUCGGAUACGAGUGCCUGUGUCCUGCUGGAUUCAGCCUGGUUGACACCAAACGCUGUGAAGACAUCGAUGAGUGCGCCAACCCUGAUACCUGCAGCCAGAUCUGCAUCAACCAGAUAGGCAGUUACAAGUGCGAGUGUGAGGAGGGUUACCAAGUUGACCCGGCAACCAAAUCCUGCAAGGCCGUCGGAACAAUAGCGUACCUUUUCUUCACCAACCAUCAUGAGGUCAGAAAGAUGACUUUGGACAAAAGUGAGUACACCAGAGUGAUCCCCCGUCUAAAGAACGUCGUGGCUCUGGACAUGAACAUGGCCGCCAAAGAGAUCUACUGGUCAGACAUCUCCCAGAAGAAAAUCUACCGAGCUCAGAUGGACUCGGCUGAAGACUCCACUCGUCACAGCAUAGUGGUCGACAGCGACAUCGAUGCUCCCGAAGGCAUCGCCUUCGACUGGAUCCAUGGUAACCUGUAUUGGACUGACAGCAUACGCUGCACCAUCUCCGUGGUAACUGCUGAUGGCCGCCGUCGUAAAACUCUCUUCCACCAAGACUUAUCGAAGCCCCGCGCUAUAGUGGUCGACCCCCACAGCAACUUCAUUUACUGGACAGACUGGGGAAACCCUGCUAAGAUUGAGAAGGCGGGUCUUAACGGAGGAGACCGCGCCGCUCUGGUCACCGACAACAUUGUGUGGCCUAAUGGCAUCACACUGGACCUGUUGAACCAGCGGCUCUACUGGGUGGACUCUAAGCUGCACACCCUCUCCAGUAUCGACGUGCAGGGCGGUGGCCGACGCACCCUCAUCAUCGACGAAGACAAGCUGGCUCACCCACUGGGACUCACUGUGUUUGAGGAGAAAGUGUUCUGGACGGACAUCAGCAACAACGCCAUUCUCAGCGCAAACAGGCUGACAGGUGAUGACAUUACACCGGUGGCGGAGCACCUGUCGUCACCAGAGGACAUUAUUCUCUACCACAACCUCAAACAACCUGCUGGGAGGGAUUGGUGCCAUGUGUCCAACGGCGGCUGUGAAUUCAUGUGUCUGGCAGCUCCUCAAGUGGGAAGACAUCCUCCCAAAUACACCUGCGUCUGUCCGGAUAACAUGAUGCUAGCCAGAGAUAUGAGAGCAUGUGUACCUGUGCCACCUGGGACCGCAACCAGGACCACACCCAGGCCCACACCCAGGCCCACACCCAGGACUACACCCAGGACUACACUCAGGACUACACUCAGGACUACACUCAGGCCCACACCCAGAACCACACCCAGAACCACACCAGAACCCCAGGUCCAUACCACCACCACAGUGCCUAUCGUGAUCACCAGCUCUGCGGCCAAGCCAGCACCACACACCGCCAAGCCACCGGUCAGGACCACCACACCUCCACCGAGGACCCCCUCACCCCCGCCAAUGAAGCCUAAAAUUUCCCAGGCCACCACAGAGGCUCCCGUCACCUCUCCAGAUAUCCGACGUGAAUUUGCUGCAGCCAUACCUGCCUCCAACGCCCCAGUGGCUCUGUACAUCGUCUUACCUCUGGCGAUUGUUUGUCUCGUGGCCGUUGGCGUCGUGCUGCUCUGGAGGAACUACAGGCUGAAGAACACCAACACGAUUCACUUCGACAACCCCGUCUACCAGAAAACCACCGAGGACCAGGUUCACAUUUGGAGGAGCCACAGCCCCGACGGUUACGCCUACCCUAAAAGACAAGUUGUGAGCUUGGAUGAAGAGGCAGACAAUCCAGCCUUCACAGAUAACUGAAAAAUAUCAGCGCAGUGGAAAGAAGAGCGUCGAUGAUAAGCUACCUUGGACGUCCUUUUGUAUUUUUACCUCACUCAGUACAAAGAUAUGGAAGUCAGAGCCAGUCUCAGACAAGCUUGAACCACUAUAUCCUCACAGAUGAAUAAGCGCUCUACAGUAGAAAAACCAGGGUGAAACACUUUUUUUUUUUCGUCCACCAAAUCAUACCAAAUCAUCCGCUGAUGGAUUCCUCAAUAUAAAGUUGUUGUUUUGUUUUUUUUUUUACUUGUUAUCGUAACUGUGAUCCUGACGAUAUAUCUGGAGAACUCUGUCGUUGUUAAAGCCACAUGUUGUCUUGCUGCGUGCGUCAGUUUGACUGAACUCAUUUGAUGCAGCUCGUAAAUUGGGAUUUCCGUCCAGCACAUGUUACGUCACAUCAUGUUACACGUUCACAAAUGAGUGUUGUAAAUAUCACGGUCACUUAUUUUUGUCUUCCAGUGCUAAGUGACAAGCUGUUAAUGGCACAUUAUCAUAUCUUGAACUAUUUAUAGUUUAAAGCAACAGUAGAUAUUUUGGGAAAUAUGCAUAGUCACUUUGUUGCUUAGAAUGAAGCUAAAACCAGCAACGAGGCAGUUAGCUUAGCUUAGCUUAGCAUAAAGACAGGAAACAGGGAAAAGCAGCUGCUUCGAAAAGCCGCCAACCAGCACCUCUAAAGCUCUGAAGCUCACUAUCAUGUUUUAACGUGUUUAUUUAAUCCGUUUAUGAGCGAAUUUAGUGCUCUGAAGUUUUUGUUGUUUCUGUGAGGUGGUCAGGAAAUCAAGAAAUUAUAGAACGUAACUUCCUGUAAAACCACAACAGUCAUGAUCAGAUUUAUAUUUUGUAUAUAUUAAACAAAUGUGAUACGGUGCGUCAGUUAAUGAGCUUUUGGUGCCGGUUGGUAGAAAACAGCUAGGCUAACUGUUUCCCUGUUUCCGGUCUUUAUGCUAAGCUAAGCGAAGCAAAUGUCACCUUUAAUCUACACACGUGAGAGUGGAGCCAGUUUUCUCGUCUCACUCUUGACAAGAAAGCAAAUAAGUGUUUUUCUCCCCAUAAUGUCAAACUAUUCCUCUGCUUGUUCACCGGAAGCAAGAAAAUCGGAGCCGGUUUUAUCCCAAGACGAACACUAACACGAAUUCAGCAUGUGCCAGUUUAACCAGUGUGACCUCAGUAAGUUUCAUAGUGAUUUUUUUACGCUAGCAGUUGCCUCCGUAGACGAGCUAAAAUAUAACCCAAAGGGACCUAGAGUCACUGCUGUAGGUAACCUCAGUGAAAACACACUGUGCCUUGAACACUGUAUUCUGUGUUCGUCUUCAGAUUUCACUUUUCACCAUAUGUCUUUGAGGCUAGCCGGUUGUUCGCAGUGUCCUUCAGCAGCUGUCUGUAGUUUCACAGUUUCCCAGGUGCUUUUCCUGCUCCAUUCUCCUGAUUUGCGAUCGGCUGUCUGUGCAUUGGAGAGUCAUCUUUAAAUUUUCCUUCCCCGUGACCCCCCCACCACCUCCCCACCACCUCCUCAGGAGGACCACUGCAUUCCCCAAAGUCAGAAAAGCUUUUGAAGCAGCCACGUGUGAGCAGUGGGGCCUAGUCCAACGCUCUCUACCGUGGCACGUGUAUAUAUUCACAUCCUCCCUUUGGACCAGAACUUCAGUUUGCCUUAUUCCAGCCGUCCUGACAAAACAAAGCCAUGUGCCAUAUCGCUAUUUUUAAAACUCAGCGACUGUUUGAGCUCAUUUAUUCGUUUUACUGAUAAAUAUGUGCCUUUGUAAUUACACAAUUUGUUCACAUGUUCUCGUUGGGGCUAUUGAACUCUGUAUAAGAUCAACGUGUCUGCCUGUUUACAAUGACUUGUUUGAGGUACGUGGCGGCGUUACAUGCAGGUGAGGUUACACCUAACAAAGAUGUUGUUGUGAUGUGGGUCGAUGAGUCGAGAGGCUUUUUGUAAGAGAAAGUAAUCCAUAAGUGCAAGUGAAGCUGUACAUAAAUUCAAAUCCACUAAUGUGCAGAUUAAGUGUGUAAAUAUAAUGUUCAUAAAUGUAAAUAUUUGUUCUUUAUGUUUUUGUUUUUUUUUGGUAAUAAUGUCAAUGUCUUAACCUUUGUUGUGAACUUUUGCUGUACAUAA